AUCAUUACCUGUUCAGUUUACUGAAAAACUUAUUUAACGAAAUAUACAUUCGAGAGAUUAGAUUGUCAUUAUGAAUAAAUUUGUUUUAGCUACUUUUUUACUUGCUUUGACUAUGUGGUCUUACAGUCAAGCAAAGGAGGGAGUAAAAAUCCGUUAUUCGGAAGACAAACAUAAAAUUUCUGGAGAAAAAUUUUACCCUACCAAAGAAUGGCAAACUGUAAAAGAAGAUCAAGCUAUUCCACCAGGUCUUCAUGUGAGAUUAAAUCUGGAAACUGGAAAGAAAGAAGCUAAGCUUAUGGAUGAAAACGACAAUAAAGGGCAGAAUGAUAACUUGGUAGUGGUACCCGACGAUCAACCGUCUAUAACCGAUGAGAUAUAUCUUAAAAGUCUCCUUAAGGAAAAAAAAUUACGCUCUAUGGAUGAGUUAAAGAAAGAUUUUGAAGCUCUAAAUGCUAACUACCAGACUGAUGCUGAAAUUCUUAAAUCUCUAUUUAAAGAAUAUAAUGGUAGAAAAGCUAGAGAUACACACCUUCGUAUAUUAAAUGAUUUGGACGGUCUUCUGCAUCAAGUUGAUAAUGGCCAGGAAUGGAUGAAGAUGGGUGGAAUACCAUUAUUAAUAAAUGAUAUGAACUCGACUGAUUUUGAAAUCGCUAAAGCAGCUGCUUUAUGUUUCGCCGCUGCUGUUCAGUCAAAUCCACAAGUUCAAGUUAAGGUUAUACACCACGUAUCAGUAUUAAUUAGACGAUUGGCGAUUAUUACCGAUGAAGACGUAUCAAUAAAAAUUUUAUACGCAACCUCUGCCUUAGUACGUAAUAUUCCAGUUGGUCUGCACACUUUCAUUCAACAUGGCGGCUUGGACGAACUUGAAAAAAUAUUACAAAGACCAGGAUUAAUUAAACUUAAAAUAAAAAUAUUGACUUUUAUAACUGAUAUGAUGACGGAAUGUGAGAAUUCAAAACAUCUGGAAAGAGAAACAGCAAAGAAAAUUUACAAUAAAGUUUUAACAUCUUUAUCUGAAAGAAAUUGGUGUGAGAAUUCUUGGAGUUUGCUUCAAGUUGACGAACAUGAUUCAAGGGAGAAAGUUGUUAAAUCAUUAGUUGCAAUGAAUUGCAAAACAAAUGACUUAAUGCAUAGAAGUAACUUAAAGGUCCUGAGAGAUGAAUAUCGGGUAUUGGCAGCAAAUGAUAUAGAUGGUGAUGGUUAUUUUGAGAGUUUAGCUGAACUUUUCGAUAAAGUUCUUAAUAACUUUAGCAAACCGUCAAAGAGUGACUUAUGAGCAUGUAAAACUAUUUUUGUUACAGGAUAAUUUUGCAUAUAUACAGUAUACACUGUAUAUAUACUAACAUGUUAACGUAUUUGACCAGUUUUUAAGCUUGAUAGAGUUAUUUGUUGGAAAUUAUUUUUCUUUAGUCUAUUAUGUUAAGUUCUAUUUAUUUUUACUAAUUAUAUUUCUUUAAGGUUUAACAUUUGUUCAAAAUGAGAAAAAAAC